AUGGAUGAAUACCAACGACUUAUAGAACUACCUCCUUUCGAAAAGUUUGACCUUCUCCUCGUGAUUCUUUUCUCCAUUCUUGCAGGUAUUAUUUCUGAAACAUUAUCCUACUUCCUACUAUACAACCGAGGAGACUAUCGUACAAAACACAAUGAAGCAGUGCAAAUUUAUGAACAAAUCUUCCUUUGUAUAUCUAGGCAAUUUCCUUACCAUGUAGAGCUAAACGUAAAACAUGACACAUUAGGCAAGAAGGGGAAAAAUGAGAAAGUUACAGAUCAAGAGGAGCUGGAACUUAAGUUCCUAAGGAAACUAAAUGAGAUAAGAGAUUUAAGAUAUUUAAGUACCUUGAUUACGGGAGUAACAUUUAUGACCCUGAUGCCCGUACUAAUGAGUUUAUUUGAGGCAACUCCUGUUGGAAAAUUGCCUUUUAUACCCUUCAAAUUUAUGCUCUACUUUACUAGAUCCGAUUUACCCGGUUCAGACCUUACCGAUGUCAGUCCCGCAUUCAUCUACACAAUAGUUAUUAUGUUGGCUAAGAAUAACAUAAAAUCGUAUUUGGGAUUUGCCCAACCCGGAGGGACGCUAGGGGAAUUGAUUUUGAAAACUAAAUUGCGGGAGAAAGGCAUUGAAGUUUAA